AUUUUUUAUGCAGUUCCAAAUCUUAUAAUCGACGUGCGCAUAUAUAUAGUCGAUUAAUAUAAUUUCCUCCACAUGCUUCUCCUCUCGAAUCUAAAAUUUUUCAAAUUCUACGGCGCAUUUUAUUUUGUGGAUCGAUGUAUAUAUGCACAACAACGAUAAUUUGGAUAUGGACAGGUACAACAUGGUUAAGCAACAGUUCCUGAAGAACUGGAUGCGUGGUCUCGUGGCAUGCAAUCCUUCUUUAAGAGUAAUGAGCAUAAAGGAGAGGAAACUCACCAUCAAGCUAUCCGCAGACAUAGCCAUGGCGGCUACGAGAAGCGGCGCCACCAUAUGGAGUCGUGCCCUUCUCUCUCGAGCCACCGUAAAUACGUCCCAGAGGCUUCUCGUUCGUCGAAUCCUCCGCAAAUAUCGAUACUACCCCAAGAACGUGAUCAGACGACCGAGCAAGAACGGAUCAAGAUUGAGCAAACGCGUCAGAAAAGGAAGAAAAAUGAGCAAGAUACGUUUUCUUGGGCAAGAGAACGCGUUGGAGAAACGGACAGAGAUGCUAAAGAACCUCGUACCGGGUGGACACUUGAUGGACGGGAAGUGUUUGAUCGAGGAAACACUUGAUUAUGUUGUGCAUCUUCAAGCACAAGUGGACGCGAUGAGAACCAUCACUGCCGAUUUCAUCUCUUGCGGUCACGUGAACAAAUGAGUUAUAUAACUUGCAUGCAUUUGUUGUCUUUCGAUAAAAUUAGAUAAAUCGGUGUAAAGGAGACACGUACGUACCUUAUGAUAUAAGAGUGUUGAUUUUAUUAAAAUACGGACUCACGUGGAUCAGUUGAAUGCGUGUAAUAGAUGCGUAUCGGGUUGUGUCUUUUGCCCUUGGCUUCUUAUCUGUUUUCGUCACUCGUGGAA